GAAAACAGCUUGAAAAUCUAAAACUCUUCUGGAUUCGUCUCUCCUUUUCCUCUCCACCCCUGGUUCUCUCAAAAUCAAUCUCCGUACCUUUUGUUUCAUCUGCUUCCAUGGUCGAUUUCAGACUAUACAGAUCAUUUCCGUUCGAGUGAAGCUGCAAAAUAGUUGAUCUCUAGCCCCGGAUCCCCGCGAUUCAAGGCGGUUCAGUUGCCGGCGCUCAGAUUUGUUUCUUGUUGAUCUCCAGCUGUUUGUUCUCGAUUCCGGUCACAUUCAGUCCAGAUCUGAUGUUACCUGCUCGAGAACAACGCUCUGGUCAUUUCUACUCGACCUCUGCAACUCCGAUCUCCCUUUCUCCUGCGAUUUUUCGGAGUUGCUGGUUUACUUGGAGCAUGGAGGAGGUGCUGGAGAAAGAGAAGAACGGAAGGUUGGAGGAUGAGGAUGAGGGCAUUUAAGUAAUUUUAUUUUUAAUGUAUUAACUUAUUAAAAAAAGUUGAGUUUCCCUUGUUGGAUUUACACGUCACUGACAUUUAAAAAAAUUAAGUGAUUGUGUGGCAAUCUAACGUUCCACUCGUCACUUCCGUCAAUGGAAGGAUGAAAUUAGUACCAAAAAUGAAAAUUUAAGGAUAUU